UACGCAACUAAAUCUAUUGGCUCUGUUGUAUAUAUAAUGUCGGUUCUGUGUCUUUCCAGCACACAAACCAAUAACAUUAUCUUGGAUUCUUUUCAAAUUGAUGGAUCGAUCCAGCUGGUUCUAUGAUUUAUAAUUGUCUCAUCAUCUCUUACUCACCUACAAUUAUUCCAGAUUCUUCAAAUUACUAAAUAACUCACCGUAAGAAAGCUGUCGAAAGAGAUUUGGAUGAAAUGAAAACGUUUCAACCGCGAGAACCUGUUGGUUGUUUUGAUGCCCGGAAUUAAGAUGCAGUUUGACCAACUAAUAAGGAAAGACUAAACGAAUAUAAUAAAGAUCGGAGAUGAAAUUUGAAUGCACUCGUAACAAAACCGUAAGAAAAAAAGCAUCAAGUCACACUUGUCCAAAUUGUUAGCAUCAUCACCAUCGUCUUUCUCAUCUGAGCUGUCUGCAUAAAAUGACAAAUGUAUGAAGAAUGAACGGAGAAAUGACGGUGAACACUUGUCAUUCCUACGUGCAGUAAAUUCUAUAAUUUCGCCAGAUAUUACAUAGUAUCUUUAAAAAAUCUGUUUAGUUGCUUGGGACACAAUAUGCGAGUGGAAGAAUUCCAUGUCCUGAAAUACAAAAAGAGGACUUUCUUUUUCUCUUCUCACUAGAAAUGAAUACAGAUGUACAAUUCCAGUUUUCUCUACUUUCUUUUAGCUACAAGAAAACCCAAAAUAUGAACUAUUUUCCAGACAUGUGAACGCUUUGCCGUGUGAAGUUAUUCAAUUUUCUCUUUGAAUGUCCUCAACAGCUGCCAUUCAAUCGUAAACCCGUCGCAACAAUUGUCCGAUUUAGAAAUACAAAAGAAUAUUCUACUUGUUUCCCCCUGGAUGUAUAUAUAAUAAACAGAACCGAACUGGAAUUCAGUAGGAAAUCCCUAUUUCUUAUGUAGUUGCUAAAGUUUAUUUUGGAUUUACUCAACAGGUAUAAUGGAAGCUUUACCUUUGGUGAAAAAAUUACUCGCCGAUGAUGAGAAAUGUUUGAUUAGUGUACGAGCUGGUCUUGUUGAUAACGGUAAAAAGAUUUCAAAAUACCUUGUGAUUGUCAACCGAGCUGGUGACAAGGCUGUGUUAAUAUUUUCUACCACUCAAGUACCAUGUAGUGAGAUAAGCCAGUUAAGUGUCAUGGAGACCAUACCAAUCAACAAAGAAUUCUCUUACAAGCAAGAAUCAGAGGUGCUUGUCGAAAUAUCAAACAACCAAAAACGAUUACGUUUUGAUCUAUCAGCAAGUCAAACUGUUGCGCUAUGUAAAGAAUUGAAACAGGCAAAAGAAACUGUUACACAUGUUGUUGGAUUCGGUUUGCCUUCAUCAUUUUCUUGGCUGGACAAGUAUACUAAUAAAGCUCCUGAAAAAAACUUAUUUGAAACAGAUGUCUUUGACCCAUUGAAAUACAUGAAUAUUGAAGAUAAUGGGAAGAAAGCCCAGCCUCCUCUGGUAAAAUCCCAUCAGGAACAGGGGAACCUCUCUCUCACAAUUCAGGAAGAAUUUGAUCCACUGAAACCUGCAUUUGUAUUAAAACCAGUGAAAGAUGACACUGAACUUUGUACACAUGCCUCAAGGGUUGAUGCUUCAUCCCGGUUACAAGUUGAACACAAGCCCCGCAAUCGAUCUCCUGUUGUUUAUACAAGAAAGGGCACUGGAAGUGGGCCAGACUCUAGAUCAGCUUCACCUGCAUUAUUGCAUCCUGCCAAUUCCAACAGCAAACUAAAGAAUUUCUCAGAUUUGGCUCGAAGCAACGAUUCAUUAAAUGAAACAUUUGAUACUUUCAAGAAUGACACCAUGGAUAGUUACUCACAAAAGCUGACCCCUAGAGAAAAUAUGGUUAGUCACUUGAUGAUGAAUUGUGAAGAUGAAUAUACAAACAUACAAAAAGUCAAAGUUUUCUGUGGCACCUGGAAUGUGAAUGGCCAGUCCCCUACUGUUUCAAUCCAUACAUGGUUAGCAUCUGAUCCUGAACCCCCAGAUAUUUAUGCUGUUGGGUUUCAAGAGCUGGAUCUCAGUAAAGAAGCUUUCAUUUUUAGUGAAUCCCCCAAAGAAGGAGAAUGGCUACAAAUAGUAACAUCUUGCCUCCAUCCUAAAGCUAAAUAUAAAAAGGUGAAACUUAUCCGACUCGUUGGUGUAAUGUUGAUUGUAUUUGUGACUAAAGAAUUAAGCCCCUUUGUGAAAUAUAUUGAUGCAGAUUAUGUAGCAACUGGCAUCAUGGGACUUUUGGGCAACAAAGGAGGAGUGGCUGUAAGAAUGACAAUUCAUAACACUUCAUUGUGCUUCAUAAAUUCUCACUUGGCUGCCCAUCAGGAAGAAUUUGAACGGAGAAACCAGGACUACAGAGAUAUUGUCAGCCGCCUCCGGUUCCGACAGUUCGUUCCUCACCUUACUAUGCACGACCAUGAAGUUAUCUUUUGGAUUGGUGAUUUAAACUACCGUUUAUCAGAAAUCGAUAUCAAUGAUGUGAAGAAAUAUAUUGAUAGCAAAGUUUACUCCAAACUUUUUCCUUAUGAUCAGCUCUAUAAACAAUUAGGAAAGUCAGAUGUGUUCAAAGGUUUUACAGAAGGUGAUAUUUCCUUUAGACCAACAUAUAAAUAUGACACAGGCACAGACAACUGGGAUUCAAGUGAAAAAUGCCGUGCGCCUGCCUGGUGUGACCGUAUUUUAUGGAAAGGUUCCGCUGUCUGCCAGAGUUGUUACAGAUCUCAUAAUGAACUGAAAAUAAGUGACCACAAACCUGUCAGUUCCAUCUUUGAUGUUGGCUUGAAAGUUGUUGAUGAAGAAAAAUCCAAAAAGGUUUACGAAGAUAUCAUGAAGCGGUUAGACAGACUUGAAAAUGAAUACCUGCCUCAAGUUAAGAUUGACAUUGCAGAACUGAAUUUUGGUGAAGUGAAAUUUUAUGAAUCCAAGAAACAGAAAGUGGUUGUAAGCAAUACUGGCCAGGGGCUAGUUGAAUUUGAGUUCAUUAAAAAGUUAAAUGGAGACAGUUAUUGCAAGCCCUGGUUGAAGAUUACUCCAUAUAAAGCAUUUAUUAAGCAAGACGGUAUGCAAGAGGUGGAGCUAGAGGUGUAUGUUGAUGAAGAAACUGUUUCUAAACUAAACAGUCAUGAAGAUAAAAUUGAAGACAUCUUGGUGCUUCACCUUAUUGGUGGCAAAGAUUGUUUUAUCACAGUAUCAGGUAAUUUCAUUCCAACCAGCUUUGGAUCUUCUAUAGAAGCUCUUAUUCAAAUGCAACAACCAAUCCGAGAAGUGCCUGUGGCUCAACUAAUAGAUUUGGAACAGCCAGGUAGUUUAAAGGAUGUGGAUAUUGCUGCCACAGGAGGUCGGUUGUAUGCAGUCCCAAAGGAGAUUUGGCGUUUAAUUGAUCAUUUGUUUAAAUAUGGUCGAUCACAGGAAGACCUUUUCAAACAAGAUGGCCUCAAUACUGAAAUUUACCAAAUUCGAGAUUGUCUUGAUGCUGGUGCUCCUGAGAAGAUUCCUGGUAGUAUCCAUUCUGUGACCAGUGCUUUGAUAUUGUUCCUGAGGUGUCUGCCAGAACCUGUGAUUCCUUGUAAUGUUUACCACAAAUGCCUUCAAGUCAGCAACAACUACAAUUUUUCUCGACAAGUUCUUAGUUCAAUUCCUGAACAUAAUCGAACUGUCUUCAAGUACAUAUGUGCAUUCCUGCGAGAGCUCUUAGAACAUUCGGAAGCUAAUAAUUUGGAUCACAAAACUCUUGCCUCCAUUUUUGGCCACCUGUUCUUACGUCCACUCAAGUCGGAGAGGAAUUGUCAGGCAGACACAGAAAAGAAAGCUAUGUUUGUAUUCCACUUUCUUGUGAAUGAGUAUGAUGAAUGAACACCAUCACAGCAACAUCAUCAUACCACAUUUAAGGGGUUUCUUUUUAAAUAGUGUAUUAUUAUUAUUAUUAUUAUUAUUAUUAUUAUUAUUAUUAUUAUUAUUAUUGUUGUUGUCGUGUGUGGCAGGUGAGGUGGAAUGGUAAGAUGCUGAUCUCAAUCACCCUUUCACGCUUGGAACAGAUUCACAGGAAUCACAAAAUAUUCUUGAGGAAAGACUUUAAACUUCACAACUUUCCUUUAAACUAUAAUUUUAAAAUUUCAGAACUUUGUAAGAAGUUAUUAUCAUCUUGAUUCUUCAAAGAGGUGCAAUGCCAAAAUGUUUAAAACAUUGAAUUCCUAGCACCUGCUUCACCAAUAUCUUAUCUGACAGCAAGCAGUUAUGUUCUUGGGGGGAUAACACAUAAAGCUUUUGGCUUAAGAUUUCAUGCUUAUAUUUAAAAAAAAAGAAAGAAACAAAAAACAAACCAUUAUCAUCAUCAUCAUCAUCAUGAAUAUCAUCCUUUCAGGGCUUUCAUAAACUGUUGUGUGAGAUUCCCCUCCCCCGCCCGUGUCAGUUAUUUACCAAUGGGAAGAUGGCUCUGAUCACAAAACAUUUAACCUGUGUAAAAGACUUGUUUUUAAUAUGUGUGUGUGUGUGUACCUCUUUUAUUAAUCUGUUUGUUGAGUGAGAGACUGGAGACUGGUGUGAAUGUUUUCAAUAUUACGUCUGUGAUCCUUUCUGCUUUUGUCUGCCAUUCCCAGUUCUUCUGUGGCUCAAGACGUUGCAGCUAUUCACACACACACACACACACACACACACACACAAGACAACUAGAACUAAUAUUCCCAGAAUUGGUUUUAAAAGUGGGGGUAGAGUACAUUCCUAAUAUUUAGUUGUUUUUUUUUUAAUAGGGGGUAAAAGGCAGCAAAGUUGGCAGAAUCCUUUGUGCAAACAAUAUGCUUUCAGCUCUUCAUUUUCUGAGUUCAAAUCCUGCCAUGUCAACUUUGUCUUUUUAUUCUUUCAGGGUCAAUAACUUUAAAGUACCAGUUCAGGAGUGGGGGUUGGGGGUUGGGCUGCAAUCAACUUGCCUCCUCCUUUCAAAACUUGACUUUUUGCCAAAAUUAGGAAGAAAUAUUUAAUGGUGGUGUGAAUUGUGUGGUUAAUUGACAGACUCGUUAGAACCUCAGAUAAAAUGCCUUGUGGUAUUUAUUCGAACACUUCAUGAUCAAAGUUUAAAUCCUGCUGGAGUCCACGUUGCCUUUCGUCCCUUCAGUGUUAAUAAAUGACCAGCCCAGGGGUCAAGGAGAUUGUCUAACACCAUCAAAAUUGCUGACCCUGUUCCUAUUGAGUGAAGUAUUUAGCGUGGUCCCCCCUUCUCUGGUCUGGAGUUCAAGUCCCAAUGUUUAGCUGUUUCCAGUCAGACUGUGGCCAUGCUGGGGCACUGUCUUGAAAGAUUUACUCUAACAAAUCAACCCCUGUACUUUUUUUUUUUUAUAAGCCUGAUCUCUUUUUUGCUGAACCCCUCUAAAUUACAUUAUAGAAACAACCAAUACCAGUUGUCAAACGGUGUUGGGGGACAAACAUACAAUGGGCUUCAUUCAGUUUCCAUCUAUCAAAUCUACUCUCAAAGCUUUGGUGUGCCUAGAGUUUUAGUCAAAGACCCUGAACCAAGGAGUUAUUACAAUGGCGUUGAGAAGCAAAAGUCUCAAGGAAAGGGUGAAAAAGCCAAAUUCCAAUCAAGUGCUGAACUCAUUGGUUACAUCUUCCUUGAAACUGUAGUCUUGUGUCUCCAAUAGAAAUCCUUUAUUAUUAGGAGUGAACAGAAAUGCUUAGAAUUUCUUUCAGUUCUUUACAUUCCUGAGUUCAAAUUCUGAAAGGGUCAACUUACCCUUUUACUUUUUUUUCAGAAUCAAAUAAAUUGAGUGUUGGGGGUUGAUGUAAUCAACUAACUCCCUCCUACGAAAACUGCUGGUCUUGUGCCAAAAUUUGAAGCCAUUAUUAAGAGUAAGAGGCAGAAAUCGAGCAUCAAAUUAUAUGUGAACACACACACCUUGCUAUACUUAGUUGCAUUCCUUUGUCUGCUGCAAAGUUUAGUUGGAUCUGAAAUCCAACUUAAUGGGAGAAGACUUACACCACCUUGUCUGUGUCACCUUGUUGCAGGCAGUGGAUUAACAAAUAAAGCAGAUUAACUCUAGUUACGUCCCUUUACAUUCAGAUUAUUGCCAGGUUGUCAACUUCUUGACUUUUGUCUGCUGCUUGAUAAAUACCAGUCAUGCGCUCAGUUUUAUUCCCCAAAUUCAUGACUGAGCUUAUUUGGUUGUGCUGUAAUACAGUUGGAAGGUGUAUAAUUUAGGUUUCCAUACAAAUGAAAUUCCUUCAGUUACAUUUAAAUAAGUGGCAAGGAGCAAGAACCCCCCCCCCUCUUCCCACCAUCAUUAAAAUCUCAGACUUGAUGUAUAAUAUAUAUAAAAUUUUGCUAAUUAACAUCUCUGGUGGCCAUGUGGUGAGAUUGAGUUCAAACUUGAUAUAAUCUCUUGUAGGAAUUACUUCAACCAGGGACCUAAUGCUGUCAAGAAAGUCAUCUUUACUUAUUAUUAAGAAGUUUUAUCACUAAUUCAUUAUUAGGGUGGUGGAUUGACAGAACCGUUAGUGUUGGGCAAAACUAUAUUUCUCUUUAUAUUCUGAGUUAAAAAUCCUGCCAAAAUCAAUUUUGCCUUUCAGUCCCCUGCAAGUCCUGGCCAUGGAAUGGUUAGAGUCUUUGUAGUGAAUUCCUUGGCCUUUUAUCUAAAUUAACUGAAGGUCCAUGAUGAUGGCCUACGAAACUUAAAUGUCUUUCAUACUUAAGAGAUUGAUUAUAAUGAUACCAGUGAUUUAUUCUGGUAUAAAUUAUAUUCACUAUCUUCUUUCCCUUAAAAUUAAGUUUCUGAUCAAAAUUAUUCUUUAUAAAUCAAUGCCAAGAGGUUAUGGGAAAGAAUGAAUGCAAGAGAAAUAAAUGAGAAAAAAAUAUAAAUUAUCAAAGUUCAGGAGAAAUUUCAAAAAGUUUCCUGAAAUGUCUACACAGAUGGAAUCUAACUGUGUUGUUAGAUACUUUGUUGGUAAAGACUUUAGAUAUUUUUUGUUCAAAUCAUCUUAGAAUGGGAAAGUGUGAAUCGGUAGAUGUUAAACGAUGACCAGCUGAGUGAUUAGUUUGUCGUUAACAAAAUGUUAUUAUGUCUGCCGGGUGGGGAGGGGAAUCUCUCAUCUUGAUAUGAGACUUGGACAGCAAUAUAUACUGGACAAGAGAGGCUUGUUUACCAUGACCAUCCUUUCAAGGAUUAAUCUUCCCAUCUUUAAAAAGGACAAUGAAGUCAUUUCUGUUGUCACUCAUGCAUUUAACCUUCACUAACAUAUUUAUUUAAAUGUUCUUCUUUUGAGCCCAUGUUGAUUACAAAAUGGAAGAAAAACUAUUUUGAUUAAAAGAACAGUAAAAGUGAACAGCUUUGAAAUACUUCCCAACCUCUCUAUUCUCUGAACACAUUUCACUGUCAAUGAAUGAUUUUGUACAUAGUAAAAAACAUAUCUUGUGAAACUGAAGCAGUUUGUCAUUGUGUGUGUUGAGACACUUGUCCAAGCAUCUAUUUUCAGACACUUCAACAGUUUCUCAAUUGAUAUUUAUUCCUUUGAAUAACAAGAGAUGGAUUUUAAUAUUCAAAAGUCAUUGUUUGUAAUGGAUUCUGUUAAAAUUGAAAGUGCAGGGUAAACUACAUGUGCCAAGCAUUUUUUCUGUAGCUAAAUUAAAAUCUGAACUAACACAACUGCUCUGUGAUUAUAGAUAUAUAUAUCAGAAAGACUAUGUUUAUAACAUAGACACUCGGUGCUCCCCUCUUCAAGUUGUAAGCUUAUAUCCUACAGCAUGUAUUGCUGUGAUUAUUCAAAACUUAUUCCAGGUUGUGAAAAUUCAGGACAGGGCUUCCAAAAGUUACUGAAGACGAGUUUGAUGCUUUUAAGACAAAUUAAAAUACACACACACACACACACACACACACACACACACACACACAAGCUUGUUCUUAACAGUCUUGAAAAUUGCUUUCUUAAAAUGUAUAAGCAAGCUUCUGUUUGGCCUCACUUUAUAUAUAUAUAUAUAUAUAUAUAUAUAUAUAUAUAUAUAUAUAUAUACACACACAUACAUAUAUAUAUACACACACAUACAUAUAUAUAUUCACACACACACAUAUAUAUUCACACACACAUAUAUUCACACACACAUACAUAGAUAGAUAUGUGUGCAGCUGGCUAGAAACUUUCUUCCCAACCAUGUAGACUCAGGUUCAAUUCCACUGCACAGCACCAUGGUUGUGUAGCUUCUAUACCCUCCAGGCUAACCAAAGCCUCAAGUGGAUUUGGUGGACAGAAAUUGAAGUCUGUCAUAUCUAUUCAUGCUUGUAAACAAGCAUCACUGUCAUACAAGUGGUGUUCAUUGUGAAAAACAUGUCAGGUCAUGUAUUCCUCUUGCUUGGAAACUGAAAGGGUUGCCUCAACAAAUUUUCAUCUGACCCAAAUGUGGACAAGUAGAUGUUAAAUGACUGUAUGUAUGUGUGUGUGUGUGUGUAUAUAUAUAUAUAUAUAUAUAUAUAUAUAUAUAUAUAUAUACACACACACACACAUUUUCCUGUUUGUAUCAAAUAUAAUCCAAAACAUGAGUAUAUAUUUAUUAACUGGAGCCAGAGCAACUCAAGUGCCAAGAGUUUCAUGCAUUGGCACUUAUCAAUGCACAAAAGACAACCCUUGGGUCACUAAGUUCUGCCAAUUAAUAAAUUAAUUAUAUGUGCAUACACACACACACACACACACACUUUCAUUGUCUAAAAAGUUAGACUUCAGGUUGUAUCACAAAACUAGCAGCAAUAUACAGUGUAGCUGCCUGUAUACCACAAAAGCACUAACCCAGUCACAGAGGCCAUGUUUAAAGCAUACAUGCUGUUAAGAUCAAUAAUUCUUGCAUUAACAAAAAAAAAAAAAAAAUUACUCGCAGAUGGCAAUAAAAGUAUUCCUUGAAACAAAUGUGUCGUCAUCAUCAUCGUAUCCGCUUUUUCCAUGUUUAGCAUGGAUCAGAUGGAAUUCAGUGAGACAGGUUUGCUGCAGCCUGAUGCAUUUUUUGUCACCAACCCUUUCCAGGCAAGCUCUUCCCAUCCACUCCUCAUCACGAGAUGUUUAAGGGAUACUGGAAACGAAAGACACCAUAUGAUGAUGGUGACAUCACAUGUCAUCAACUUGUGAUUGGUCAGCCUUAGAAGACACCUGCCCCCAGAUGCUCUGCAGUAGGACUGAACCUGAAACUCUACUGUUUGGAACUUAAUAAAAUGACAUUAACACUGCAUCCUAGAAGCAAAAGUAAGUUGAGUAACUCGAUUAACAGAAGGAAAUAUUUCUAGAUGGAUUCCAACCCAUGCUAGCAUGGAAAGCGGACGUUAAAUGAUGAUGGAUUGCUUCAAACAUAUUUGUUGAGUAACAAUGCCUACAUCUAAGCUCUUUCUUUUUUUUUUAAAUGGUUGUAUGUUUUUUUUGUGGGUCCUAUUUUAACAGCCAUUUUCUGGUGGAAAGUGUUGCAAUAUAUAAGGACCCAGUUUCUAUCCCAAGUUGGAGUUAUUUCAAUUGAUUUAAAAUGUUCCUCAGAAGUAUAUAAUCAUAAACUUUGUUUCCUUAUAAAAGUGCAGGUUUUCUGUUUGACCAUUCAGCCUUGAUAAUUAAUUUGAAAGUAGACAGGCUUCAGACUGACUUAUCUUUCUCCUGAAGAUUUCUUUCCUCAUAAGAAAGAGUGACAAAGCUAUCUGUCUGUACUCAGGUUACCCAACAGAUUUUGGGACAUCUCUUUCAGUUAUAUUAGUACAAAAAAAAAAAAAAGAACUUGAGAAAUAUUUUGUUUGGAAAAUAAAUAUUUCUAUUUCUAGAUCACUCUAUUGCUCUUAGUCAUUUAACUGCUAUUAUUGGUAUCCACUCCUCCCAGUAGCACCAGAAAAUGCUUCAAGUUUUUAUGGUUAUGUGGAAGUGGACUAAUGAGACAGUCCUAUCAAAGAAUAUGCCAAAGAAAACAAUGCACGAUGUACAUGCAUGUAGCUCGUUAAUCAAGAGAGUAUUCUAAUCACUCAAUUAGAUUGCAUUUUUCAUUUUUCUUUUCUACAAUGACUUAUUAGCUUCAUUAAGAAAGCAGAACUUUCUAGAAGUAUCUUUUAGUUUAGCCUCCCCUUUAAAAACCAGAUAUCAACAUUUAAUAUCUCUGCCCUUUAAACAGUUGUCAUUCCUGCAUUUUAUUUACUUUAAAUCUGUGGUUUUAACCUUUGUAGCUCAGCAACAAAUUAUUUCUAAGAAAAAUCACCCCCACCCCCCUAAAGCAACCAGCACCACCUCCUUGUCAGCUCACAUUCACCCUCCAAAGGGGUGCUACUAUCCCGGUUAAGAACCACGCUUUUAAAUCUUAAUGGAGAAUUUAGUAUCAAUUUAGAUUUAAAUGCAAACCAAUUCACUCUUUUUAUAAAGUGAAACUACCAUGACAGAAUAAAGUGACUUGCUCAAGGCCAGAAUCUUAUUGCUCUCUUGAAACACCAACAGCAGCAGCAGCAGUAGUAGUAGUAGUUGUAGUAUUUCUAUUCACUUCAUUUAAACUUCACAAAAUGAUUUGGGGGAAGAGAAAAAAAAGUCACAAGUCCUAAAUCAGAUUUUCUCGCAUCUAAAAACAUUUCACUUAAAACGUUACUAUCAUUAUCCCAAAGGAUAAUAAACAUGCUCAAUUGUAAUCUAACUCUCUCCAAAGUUAUUUCUUUUAAAUUAUGGUAACAAAAUAAAAUUAUUCAACUGAA